AGUACAGAUGCAUCCAGCAACUUCAACGGGCAUUUCCAGCUCCUUGCUAAGGUGCCCACAUCCAGCUUACACCCUGCAGGUGGAAAUCUCGAGCGCGGUUCCAAAUGCACCCCGCCCCUGAUCACGUGGGACCAAGUCCGCAGACUGUCUAUUGCUUCUGCCUGGGCCGACCUGCCUGGAUCGACUGCUCCAGUCUGGCGCGUCCCCGGCGCGGGAAAAAUUUCAAUUCCGGCUAGCUGUCGCAGCGACCUCCUUACCCUUCACAACCCGGGCCUGCCUCCGCUUUCUCCUGCUUUUUACAUCCCGGACUCCUAGCCUCACACCAGUGGAAGCGGAGAAGUUGAAGCCGCCGCCGCCGCCAUGUCCGACGCUUAUUUCCGGGUGGAGUCGGGUGCACUCGGGCCUGAGGAGAACUUUCUGUCGCUGGACGACAUCCUGAUGUCCCACGAGAAGCUCCCGGUGCGCACAGAGACCCCCAUGCCUCGCCUCGGGGCUUUCUUCCUGGAGCGGAGCGGAGGUGCCGAGACUGACCACACGAUUCCUCAGGGCUCAAAGCUCGAACUCCCCCUGUGGCUGGCAAAGGGACUUUUUGACCACAAGCGGCGGAUCCUUUCUGUGGACCUUCCCAAGAUCUACCAGCAAGGUUGGAGGACCGUGUUCAGCGCCGAUGCCAACGUGGUGGACCUCCACAAACUGGGGCCGCAUUUCUAUGGGUUUGGCUCCCAACUCCUGCAUUUUGACAGUCCAGAGAAUGCAGACAUCUCCCAGUCUCUCCUGCAGACAUUCAUUGGACGUUUCCGCCGCAUUAUGGACUCCUCCCAGAACACUUACAAUGAAGACACUUCAGCAUUGGUAGCCAGGCUGGACGAGAUGGAGAGGGGCUUAUUUCAAACAGGGCAGAAAGGACUGAAUGACUUUCAGUGUUGGGAGAAGGGGCAGGCUUCUCAGAUCACAGCUUCCAACCUCGUUCAGAACUAUAAGAAGAGAAAAUUCACGGAUAUGGAAGACUGAAGGUCAGAAGAACACAGAAUUGCUCCUUGUGGAGUUACUGCUCUGUGUGUCCUUGAUAGAGCCUCGUUGACCUUGUAAAGGGCCAUGUCAUGGCUUAUUUCCCACAACAGUGUCGGGAGCGAUGCCAUCUGUUUGGGAAAGGACAUGGUGCAGGAAGUCCCUGGCCUGUAUGGCUUAUAAGACUCUCCCACCCUGCUGACCCAUAGCCGGGGAGAAACCAAAGUCUUUUGUAAAAUACAGUUACCACAUGCAUCAUAAUGCAAUUGGAACUGGGAUCCCUUGUAUCCGGGAGUGUGACACCCUCCGAUGUCCACUUUCGCUGCUCCAAAGGACAGGUACAAAUGGGCCAUCUGCCCACAAAUGUUCUCUUGAACUUAACUGCUGCAUCUUCCUUAUGGCUGCUCCGAGGACAGCACCUCCAGGAUGCUGGCCUUACUUGUGAAUGUCUCCUGCGUCCUGCCUGCGAGGAGUCACCCCAAUUUCCAGAAACAGUUGCCAAGAAUAAAGAAGGAAAAUGAUAAGACAGAUGAAUGGUAGGGCUUUUACUAAAGAGAAAGCAUUGUUCUCCUCCUCUGCAGUCAGGGCUUUGGGGACGGGGCUUCACAAAACUCUGGUCGGCCUGGAGGGGAAAUGGUUAACCUGAGCUUGUCUUUCGCCUUGAGAUCUUUAGAGCCACCCGCCCAGCAAUCCAUUACCUCCCUAGAAAAGCUGUCAUGGAGUCAUUUGGAGCUGCAUAGUAGUUAUUAAAGGGUGUUAACCAAGCCGUCUUAUUUUGAAAGCUGGACUUUAGGAUUGCUGGUUAGGAAGAGCCCUGUUUGAGAAGCUGAACAUGGCAAAUGUAAGUGGCAGGAGACCUUGACCAUGUUCUUCCUCUUUGGUCAAUUUUGCGGCAUUAUGACCUAGAGGAUUCCUGACCGUUUACCGAGAAUGUGUUUAAGCAUGUUUAAGCAAGCUCAAAACUCUUCCUGGAGAUCAAGGCAGAAACCUCGGGCUGAGUAAGAAACAUCGUUCCCUGGGGGACACCAUCUGACGGGCAGUUGUCUCCACACCAGCUUCCCAUAACGACUGAGAAUGGUCUUUGUCAUUAGAAAUCAUAGAGGGGUUUGGGUAUUCAGAUUGUGCAGAUGUCUCGAUGCAAACUUGGAAUGCCAGAACAGCUUUUGAAAUGCAUGUUUUAAGAUGGAACCGAUGUUUUUAUAAUUUGAUUUUGGUGCUAAAUAAAUGACCCACUUAGCACAUGAA